CCUAGAGAGACAAGGAAACUGGUGAGGGCGGGGGAGUGACAGCCAGAGCUACAUGGUGGUGGGAUAAACAGAGGAAGAGACAGGGAAGCGCCCACCACUGACAAACGAAACUUCUGAGACUGAAAGGCAGGGACGUGCAACUAUAAACCGCACAAGGUUUCUCUUUCUAGAAGUUAUACUGUAGUGUCACUGUACAGAUGGCCACUGGGCGAGCUCGCUCUACACUGAAGCUUAAACCGUGGCUGGUGGAACAAAUUAACAGUGGACAAUUCUCAGGGCUUGUAUGGGACGAUGAGCAGAAGACCUGUUUCAGAAUUCCAUGGAAACAUGCUGGGAAACAGGACUUUCGCUGUGAUGAGGAUGCAGCCAUUUUUAAGGCCUGGGCUAUGUACAAAAACAGACUGUGUUCAGAGGGCAAGCAAGAUGCAGCUUCUUGGAAGACCAGACUGCGUUGUGCCUUGAAUAAGAGUCCAGAAUUCCAGGAGCUUCCACACAGAUCCCAGCUAGACAUAGCUGAACCUUACAAAGUGUACAGUAUUGUUCCUCCUGGAGAACAGGUAACUGCAGAUUCCAGAAGAUCUGGACGUAAGCGAAAGAGUAAUGCAAGCAAAGCUGGUAGCUCAUCUGAUGAAAGCACCACCUGUGAGGAGAAACUACAGAUAAUCAGGCUGGAUCUGACUCAAGUUAAUGAUGCAAGAGUAACCAGUUCAGCAUCACCUGAAGAUUCUGGGAUUGGAAGUGACACAAGCAACACGGAGACACUCAACACAGCUCAGUACAGCACUGAAUCUCUCACUCCUCUUCCAACACUGCCUUUACAGAUGACACAUACAGCUCUCGUUUCUUCACCCAGCCAGCAUUUAGAGAUCUCAAAUAUAGCUUUGCAGGUUACUGUGUUCUACAGUGGUGUGGAAGUUUCUCAGAGCAUUGUUCAAAGUGGGGAAUGCAAGUUGUCAGCUGGGGCUUCCUUGAUGAGAUCAGGUUCAGGAAUGGAGCAUGUAACUCUCCCAGCACCAGAUGAACGUCUGGACUUCGAAACGCGCAAAAGGACUCAAGAUCUGUUAACAUUCUUGCAAUCUGGGGUUAUGCUGGCCAGUAAUAGGGAUGGUAUAUUUGUGCAACGUCAAAGAUCCUGCUCCGGCCGUGUGUUUUGGGCUGGGCCAUGUGCAAAUCCAGGACAGUCUAAUAAACUGGAGAGAGACAUGCACGUCAAACUAUUUGACACUGUGAACUUUCUUAGAGAUCUGGAGAGAUACAACACAGAAGGUGGAAUGGCUCCCAGGUAUGAAGUUACUUUGUGCUUUGGGGAGGAAAUCUCAGAACAUGAGCCUCGUACCAACAAACUUAUUGUAGCACAGAUAGAACAAGUUAUUGCUUCUGAGCUGGUGCAUGAAUACUCCCAGAGUGCUCAAAAUGUCCAGGCCUUAAAUCCCCUCCUGCAGGACCCGCCUGCUCCUUACCUGAGCCCUCUACUUCCUUUUGACACCCAAAACAACUAAGGUGCCUCGCAAUGUGAAUAUAUAAACAUAUACUACUAGUAAUCAAGAGGACAAUCGUUUUGGAGCUUCCACGUAUAAGGACAGCACCACUACACAUAUUGUGGAUUAUGUGAAAUUCUACUACAGCAUAAUCCUUUUAUGAUGACCAUUGCUUUCCUAUAUGCAGGUUGCAUAUUGGAUUUCCUCAGAGUCUAUCAAAUGCUGAAGAAAGACACUGCAAAAUAUCUAAUAAUCCCGUAAGGGAGUAGGUGUCGGCAAUGAGACACUCACAUGACCCUACCUAGCUGGAUUUUCUUAGCAACAGGUACGGUCUCAGAAAACAUACAGUUACAGUAGGUCACUGGAGGAAGCAGCUAAAAAUUUGCCGACUGUCGAUGGCUACUUGCUGGCCUGACCAGUUGGGUUUGUGCUGCCAACGUCUCUUAGCAGGUCAAAAGAAACUCGGAGAGCAAUCACUUUGUUCCACACUGGGCUACAUAGUUCUCAGAGAUUAUUUUUCACAAGCGUCCCAGAGUUUAGAGGUAAUUUAAGGUAGAAAAAGUUCUGACUAGAAAUGUUUAUUUUAAUCAUUUUGAUACGUUUUAGCUUAGGAUUGCUUCAUUCUGAAACAAAACCAAAAGUUAUUGUAAGACUACAUUAGCAGGCCAGUUGCCAAAGUGUUUGGUACCUAGGGACUUCCAUCGAUCUUUUCGUAAUUUGGAUCACCAUGCUUUUAAGUCUGCUAAAAUCCAUUUAAACAUUAACUAAACCCAAUAGGAUUUGUGUAGCUUAGAUACCACCAAGUUCAAGGUACUAUUUUAUUACGGGAAUCAUGCUUUAAAACUAGAAUUAUUUGCUUAAAAUGGACUCAAUGGGAGAUGGCCUUCUCAGAUGAGAGAUUCCAUACCUGUAGCAGAUUUAUGCAGCACAGCAGCAUUUUCUCUUUUUAUAAUGGAGUAAAAGAGACAAAAACACACUUUAAAGGUUUACUUUAAUCCUUGAUCUUACACUCAAAUAGAGCAAGACAUUUUGUCAAUUGGAACAAUAAAUACAUGUACUGUAAUACAUGUACUUUGAGUUGGUUAUGGGGACAAUUAGCAUGUGGAAAAAUACACAUUUUAUUAUACAGUUUAUAUAUGUGAAUAUGUAAAUUGGUCAGGCGUAGAAUGCUUGUUAAAAGAAAAUGUACAAUGGCCCAGAAAAUGGUUUGAGCACAAACGAUUGUUUAGCUUGUGGGGUGCCCAAAUAACUUGAUAUCGCAUCUUUGAUUUCAGUUGCUAUAAAAGCUACUACAUACAGUGUUCAGGUGUUACAACAAUGUGCAUUUAUUAGCAAAUAUUUCAUUCUGUUGUAUCUGUUACAUGUUUAGUUUUUGAAUGUGUAGCCUAGCCUUAAAUAUGGGACCAUCAUACAUAAUGUACCAUUUUACCUUCAACUAGUGGUUAAUAUGUUUGCAGUAUCUAGAGACCACAGCAUUAUGCUGCUAUAAGCAAAACUGGAGUGGGAUUUACAACCUCCUGCAUUUUUAGUUAUUUUUUGUGCUUUAAAUUCAGUUUUGUUAACUGACCUACUGAAUCCUAAUUAAGCUUGCUUCUCCUUGCUAGCUGGUAUGAUAUGAUUGCAGCAUUAAGCUCAGUUGUUCUUUUUCAACUUUAAUUGUAACGCUUAUUUUAAUGGGAUGUAUAGAUUUAAGGUCUCCCACAAGGGACAAAUGAAGUUUGUAAAAACUCAAUACAGGCUGCAUAUUCUGUGGUUCUGUAUACAUAUAAACGAUAGGCAUAUCGCUACAUUUUUAUUUUAUUUCUAUAUAGAUAUAUAUAUAUAUAUAUAUAUAUAUAUACUCUGAACACAUGUAUCCAGUGCUUUACAUGGUUGUACAUCACCCUUUGUUCUAAUUUAGCUUACAAUGUAAAGUUCCUAUCACAUUCACCCGCAGUACAGUAGGUUUUAUCAGGGCCAAUUAAUGUGCCUGUAUGUUUAUAGAGGGUGGGAGAAAGCAGAGUCCCUGGAGGAAACCCCUGCAGAAAUGGUCAAGCUAGAAUCUAAUUCAGGCCCCCCAAUACCCAUAAUGCACUGAAACUGCUUUAGGCAUAGCUAAAUGUAUCCUUUUUUGGGGGUAAUGAGGCAAAGCAUUUUUUCUGUUUUCCACUUUAAAUUAAUUCUUCAGGAACCCUGCUCUUCAUGGAAAAUUAAUGACAUUUGCCCGAAAAAAUAAGAAUUCCUACAUAUUGAGGUAAGAAUAAGCAGAAAAGAUGAUAAAUUCUUUUUUUUUUUUUUUGCUAGGUAGUGCCCUUGUAAAGAUCACCCGUUGAAUAUGAAUGUAACAAAAUAAGUUUUGAUAUUGAUAAUAUAAAGGUAAACUGUGACAAGUAAAACAAUUAUAGAGAUUGCAAAUACUUUAAAAUUAGUUGGCUGCAUUUUCUCAAAAGUCACUUUACUUCAGCAAUUGAUACUCCAAUACAGUUUUCUCUUUAUUGAUGGCUGUUCUGGGGAGGUUAUGCAUUGUGUGUUUUCAGUAGGGAUGCACUAAUCCAGCUAAAUCCUUGCGCUUUCUUUUUUCACUUGCAGUUUGGAUUCAGUUUGGCCAAAUGCUAAUUCAGGUUACUUUAAACCUCUGGACAACUGGAUGUGCCAGUUUUUCUGUUCACAGAUGGUGCCAUUUUAUGAUUCAUCUCAAAUUUAAUCAUACAAAUUAGAGUUUGAUUUCAGUUUGGUAUUAGGCCAAUUCUUUUGCAGAGAAUUCAAUGUUUGGCCAAAUCCUAAAGUCUUAGAUUUAGUGCAUCUCUAAUUUCCAGUAGCAUUAUAGCUUUUUAAGAUACUUUAUUUCUAAAAAUGUAACUAGUUUAUAGUAUAGUGAAUUAUAUUUCAUAUAUAUACACCAUGUAUCUUGUAACUGUACAUAAUUUUAAAAAAGUAAAUCAUUUCAAUAUUCUU